UGGCGCCAGAAGCAGUCCGGAAUGGACCACGCGCUCGCCCCCUUUGCGCCCGCGAACCUGUACCAGCGGCUGAGCCAGGGGGUGCAGGAGCAGGGGGGCAUCUGCCAGGCGAUGGAGGACAGCUUCCUCGAGGGGGAGGAGGAGGGGGCCAUGGCGACGGAGAGGGAGGCCGGGGACUGGAUAAGGCGGUAUAGGGAGGCGAGGGUGCGGUACUAUCUCAGGCAGGAGCGGAAGGAGAGGUGGGAUGAGGGUCGGGUGGGCGGGUGGAGGUAG